CAUAACUUGAAAUUUCAGAAAAAUGAAAACAUUUCAAUCGAAAAAAUAAAUCGACAUCGAUCAAUCAAUCAAACGAUGAUCAAAUGAACUUAUUUGGACGAAUGUUGUAAAAAUCAAAAAAAAACUGGUUCAAAUCAAAUUCAACUUUUCUUUUGUUUUGUGUGUGAUGUGCAUUUUUGACAAACAAAAAAAAAGUUACUCAUCAAUCAAACAUCUGGUUUGGUUCAUUUGUUUUCCACUAAGUUUUUCUGGAACAAAUGUAUUGAAACAAAAGAAAAGGUGUGGUUUUUGUGUAUCACAAGUUUUGUUUUUGUUUGUUUGUUUGUAAAGUGUUCCAAGAUCCAAACAUCAACACCAAAUAUUGAAGGAUUGAUUUUGAAUACAAAUUGAAAACAACAACAAACAACGAUGGAAGAUCAAACAUUUUUAUUCAAAGUUAUUUUGAUUGGAAAUUCUGGUGUUGGUAAAACUUGUUUAGCUAGACGAUUUAUACAAGGUGAAUUUCCUGUUAAUAAAGGUGCAACAAUUGGUGUUGAUUUUAUGAUUAAACCUAUGAUGGUUAAUGGCAUACGUGUUAAUUUACAGUUAUGGGAUACAGCAGGUCAAGAACGUUUUCGUGCUAUAACACAAUCAUAUUAUCGUAGUGCACAUUGUUUAGUACUUGUUUAUGAUAUAUCAUCACAACCAUCAUUUGAUUCAUUACAACAAUGGUGUCGUGAUAUUGAAAAUUAUACUACCUCAUCACUAGAUGGAGGUACAAAUGUCUUACAAGUUUUAGUUGGUAAUAAAUGCGAUAAAGAAUCGGAAAUACCAACAAAAGUUGGUGAACAAUUUGCACAAAAUCAUAAUUUCGAUAUGUUUAUGGAAACAUCAGCAUUACAAUUAAAUAAUGUUAAUCAAUUAUUUCAGGAUAUUGCACAACGUUUAGUUGAACGUAAAUUAUUAACAAUGCCAUCAACAAUUGAUAAUAAUAAUACAAAUAAUCAUAUCAAUGGUAAUACAUCAUCAUCAUCAUCAUCACCAUCAAAUAUGACAAAUGGAUCGUUUAAUAUUGGUACAUUUCGUUUACAGAAUAUAUCACCAACCAUACAAAGAAUACGAACAAAUUGUUGUUCAUUUAAUUGAUAUUCCUGUAUAUUACAAAAAUUUCUAGUUAAUUUUUUUUUUGAAUUACUAUAAAUAUUUUA